AUGGGAUUCCAGGGCAUAAUAGACAAUGUUAAGGGGACCCUUUCUGAGGCCGUUUUCACCCCGUCAAUUUUGAUGUCUGGCCGCGGUGGGCUGCACAUGACUCAGGUGAUCCUGUGUCUUGUCACCUUCGUCCUGGCGGCCUUCCGGGGCGAGAGCAACCAUACCUACUGGGUCUAUGGCAUGUUCUGCUGGGCAUUCUGCCCCAUCAUGACCUUCCUCAUCACGCUCAUCGAGAUGUUCAAACUCAAUAUCCCGCUCAAUUUAUUUUGCAUGAACUGGGACGACUUCACCACGGGCAUGGCCAUGUCCUCCGCCCUCAUGACCCUGUCCGUCGCCGUCACCUACGCCAACUUCUACGCCUGCUCCAAAUGUUUCUUCGCCUGGGUGGUCAGCGCGUUCGCCAUCCUGUGUGGUGUGGUCUACGUCAUAGAGGUGGUGAAGGACAAAAUCCUUGACGGGAAAAAAGGGGUAUACCUAGCCGCACUGCCUGGUUUCUGGAAGGUCACGGAGGCCUUCGUGAGCUGCAUCAUUUUCAUUUCCCUCUCCGGCUACCACGGGAAACCCAUGCUGAUCAUGUGCGUGGUGGCGUACAUCAUCCCUUUCCCUAUCAUCCCCCUCAUCAUAGCCACCAACAUUCUCAAGAAACUCAAGAAAUGUUUGCCGUUCAACCUGGACAGGUUUGUGUUUAUAUUCCUGGUUGUCUCUGUCGUGCUUUACACUUUUGCUGCGAUCGUGUGGCCCAUUUUUACCUUCAGGAACAACCCCCGUCCCAGCGAGUGCCCUGGUAGCUACUGUGUCUGGGCCAUUGAGUUCAUGGUUGCAUUCAUGACCUACGUUAACCUCAUCCUCUUCGCCAUUGAUCUUGUUUUCACCUUGCUCGGUAUAUGUGGUUUCAAAAGCACAUGA